ACCAGAAUUUACCACUCGAGUGAUCGCGUUCAACCGGAAGGGGAGGAGUCAUUGUUUCAGAGAUGGAUGGCAAACAUGUUGUCGUCUGCGACAAUGGCACAGGGUAUGUGAAGUGUGGUUUUGCUGGUGAGAACUUUCCUACUUCCGUGUUUCCUUGUGUGGUUGGUAGACCAAUGCUGCGGUAUGAAGAAUCACUCAUUGAACAAGAGCUGAAGGACAUUGUUGUGGGUGAAUCUUGUGCAGACUUUAGAAAUCAACUUGAUAUAUCUUAUCCUGUCAAUAAUGGAAUCGUACAAAACUGGGAAGAUAUGGGCCAUGUGUGGGAUCAUGCAUUUUUUAAUGAACUAAAGAUAGAUCCAACUGAAUGCAAGAUUCUACUCACAGACCCUCCUCUUAAUCCUUCGAAAAACCGUGAAAAAAUGAUAGAGACCAUGUUUGAGAAGUACAAUUUCACUGGUGUCAUCAUUCAAAUCCAAGCUGUUCUAACAUUAUAUGCUCAAGGAUUGUUGACUGGUCUUGUCAUCGACUCUGGAGAUGGUGUCACACAUGUGGUAAUUAUUUUACAUUUUUAGACUAGCUUUAUUU